AUGGCCUCGAUGCAGGACGGGGUGAACUUCACUGCUCCUCCCUACGGCAAGGUCCUGCUGCUGGGGGCCAUCGCGGCUGCCUCGGCCUUCGUCGUCACCAUCCUCAUCGUCGUGCUCUGUGUGGGAUGCCAGAGGAAGGGAAAGUCUCACAAUGGUUCUGGUGAAGGUGGAAAACACAGGCUUAUGGAUAUGGGCAUACUUCGGCAGUCAAAACUGCGCUCCAUUAAAGCGUCUAAGAAGAACCGUCCUGCCAGCAUGGAUCUGCUUCUCCUGCCGAGCCGACGCUCUAACUCAGACCUGCGUUCCCAAGGCCGUCAGCUGCCCCAGAUCCCCUCUGGAGAAGAUGGAGAACACACCUACUCUGAGGUGGGUCGUCGUUCCUCUCCCACCCGUUGCCCCGAUGACGCACUGUAUGCCAUGGUAGGGGGCAGGGCAGGAGAAACAGACACGCCCGCUCCUCCGGCUGUCCCCGCCAACACACCUGCUCCUCCUGACCCAGACGGCGACGGAGUGGAGGGCGGGAUUCCCGAACCUGAGACGAUUCCCCAGGUAGUAGGCCCACCUGGUCCGCCAGAGACUGCAGAGUACGCGUGCAUCAGAAAGGUCCGGAAGGUGGACAAAGCUGCUCAGAAGAGGGACAACGGAACGGAAACGGACGAAGGGCUGGGACAGCAGCAGCGACACAGCAGCGGUGACCUUCGCCAUGCCCCGCCUUCACACCCGGCCCCGCCCCCUCCACACCCGCACAGCCAAAAGAUCCCGCGCAAGAAUGUGGAGGCCUUCAACCUGCCUUCUUUUCCCAAGGAGGCAGUGUUUAUGGGAAAUGGAGAACAAUAUAUAUGGAAACCUCCAGAAGAUGAUGACAUCAUUCUACAGCAUAAGCACAUGGGCCCUAUAGGCCCUCUAACUGGAGAGAAUAUGCAGGCAUCUGCAGCUGGGAUUUCAGAGAUGUACUCAAAAGUGUGCAAACCCGGCAAGAAGAAGAGGGGCAUGCCUGGGUCUCCCCCAGCGAACAGGGAAAACAGUGGCUAUCGGACCUUGGCGCGUGGUGACCGGGAGCGCGAUGGGGGCUUCAGCGUGGUGGUCAAGCCUCAGACGUGGGCUCCUCAGGAGGGCAAAGGCACCAGAGCGCCCCCUGGCUCCGUGGAGGACCACUGCUAUGAAGCCAUCAGCACAGAAGAGUGUGACCUGGCUUACGAGACCAUGGAAGGGGGAGGGGGUGGAGGCUGGAAGCGCGACAGGCCUCCUCCCAAUGCUAGUGCCACACUCCGGCCCAGGAAGAAGAAGCCCCAGCAGCCUUUGCAGCAGCCGCCACCACCUCCGCCUCCUCAGCAGACGCCUAAGUUGCAGCACCUCCCAGCCAAAGCCCUGCUCCUGCCCGGGGACAACCUCUACGAGAGCAUCCCAGACCUGAAGCAGGGCUCGGCCACCUCCAGUACUACCACCAUUUUCACCUUUAAUGAUGGUAUGGAGAUGUAUGUUACUGGCCUGUAG